AAAAGCCCUCUAUCUGGUAAGUCUAUAGAGUUUUCUGCUUAAAACUCAUACGACUAUGGCAACAAUGAAGCUGUUUCUCAACAUCCUUGUCCUUCUCGUUCUUGCCUCAAUGACUUCGGCACAGUUUGGAGGGCCAUACGGUAUGGCUUUCGGAAUGGGAUACGACAUGGGUUAUGGAACAGGGCUUGGACGGGGAUAUGGUAUGGGAAGAUUUCAUCGCCAUCACUUCCGUCCUUAUGGCAUGUUCGGAAUGUAUUACAAGUAAGAUGGAAUACCGCCACGGUACAACUGUAGUGCUCUUACUUGUUGAGUACUGUCUGUCAGUUUAUCAAUGCAAUUGAUUUGGAUUGUUCUUGAGUUAUAAGGUGUUAAAAGAAUAAGAAUCUAGAUUGAAACG